CAUGGGAGUUAUUGUGUAAAUUUCCAUGAUAGGGAACAUAUCGAAAAUUAUAAACAUCCAUUUCCAAAUCCAUGUCGAUUUACACCAUAUCAUUGCUCUUUGCAUGAGCAAUUCAUAUUGGAAAAAAAUUCAAGAUCACUUUCAGAUGAAAUAAAUCAACAUUGUUUGAAUUUCGCUCACGUAUGUGUAUUUGGACGAAAUUGCACCGAUAACGAUCCUCUACAUUGGGAAAAAUAUAUUCACGUGCCUCGUUCUUUGUGUUCGUAUGGUGAUCGAUGUAAAAAACUACUUGAAGAAGAUCAUUUGAAUUCAUUUACACAUCCGAAUAUUCGUGAUAUUCGGCUCCUAUGUAAAUAUGCUGAUGAAUGUUGCGAUCGACAUAAGGCGAAACAUUUGACUAAAUUUCGGCAUAUAAUUACAUUAGAAGAUAGUGGUAUCGUGCGAUAUUAUAAUUUAAACCAAAAUAUUGAUUUUGUUCAAAAUCAAAAGGAUACCGUAGAACGUGUUAGACGUUAUGUACAGAAAGAAAAAUGGGAACCAUUACUAUCAGAAUCGAUUCCACAAGAAAUCAUUAAUUGGAUACGUGCCGUUCGACCUGUUCAUCGAUGUCGACCAGAAUUAUUCGAAUCAAUUCUUCUCCAUGGACAUGUGAUGAGUCGAGAUUAUAUGGAUCAACUGAAGGACCCAGUGUUUGUUGCUACAUCUGUUUUUCAACACAGGGAACUGCAUCAAAUAAAAUAUUUAAAAGAGAAACAAUGUUCAAAAGAUGCAAAAGAAUAUAUACAAGCAUUAGUUAUUGAAGAAUUCGAGAAAGCACAUCCAAAAGAUCGUACCAUCGCCGACACCACGAAACUGGAUAAAAAAUCUUACGAGGCAUACAAUUCGAAAUCUCGGAACGAGUUGAUUAAAAAUAAAGAAGUUCUUCUAUCGGAUAUACUUUCAAAAAGUGAAAUGCAAAUAGUUAAAACAAAAGCGAUUGAAAUAGCUCAAGCUUCUAUUAAACUUCAUGCGAAUCCCGCUGGUAUCGGCCAUCCUCCUGACAAAGAACUAGGAACAAAUCGAAAUGUAUUUACCAUUCUUGGACCUCAUUUAGGACACUACUAUGGAGAUGUAUUCAUUGUGUUUAAGCGGGAAAUUCUUCAUCAUCCAGAUGCAAACUUUUCUAUUCAAGCAGCAACAUCAUAUGCAAGUGGAAAUUGCUUUAAAUUGCGCCCAUGGUUAGGCAGUCCAUUGGCUUCCAAAGAAGAACGAAUCAAGUUCUUUCACAAAUCAAAGUUACAUGCAGCAAUACCAGGCUAUGAGUAUGCAACUGCUCUUGAACUUAUUGCUUUGACUAGUUUCGAAUCAAAGAAAAAAUCAAUGAAUAUUGACUUAGCAACAAUUCUGAAAUGUUGGCUAGCUCGAGAUGCACAUCAGAGCAUUGAAGCGCAUCUACCUCAACUUAUACCACUUGAUUAUAUCGAUCGCAUUUAUAUGUCACAGAAUAUCUUCGAUUUAUUAAAUUCUAGAACACGUGAAUUUAUCAAUACUACUUUCAAACAUCGUAUUAUUAAAACGUCGCAUGUAAUUGAACUCGAUCAUGAUGGAGGAACAUUCGGCCCUAAACCGAAUUCAAAAAUUCGACAAGAAUAUCAAGAUUUUGUUUUAAAACAUAUAAUGGAUAAAUAUGAUCAACUUGAUAUUAAUUCAAUUUCAAGACCUAUUCAAGGAACUAUCAUAACAAUACCAGCAACUGACUUUAAUGAUCCUUUCGUUUUACCUUUAACUAUUUCACAAGCAUACCGACAGUAUAAAAUUGAUCAUCCACAAAUAUCAAAUGAUGAUACAGUUUAUAUCUAUUGGCAAACAAUGAAUGGCGAUAUGAUGUUAACAUUAGCGAAUGAGGAAAUUAACAUAGGAGAGCAACAACCGAAUCUACGUUGUUUAACAUGCUAUAUAGCUGAAAAGCCUGCUACGAAAGAUGUUCAUUAUCAUGAAAAUGUUUCGUAUUUACAUAGUGGAAGACCAUUUCAACAUGAAAUUGUUAUCGAAGAACAAAGAUAUGCGACUGCAUCUAGAUCCUUCUUCAUUGGUUGUAAUACAGAUGAUUUUAUGACAUUUUGCCUAGAAAUUCAACGAUCAACAGGGCGGGUCAUCCUAUCACAUUCAGGUCCAAAUUCAAUUUAUAAUCAUGAACAAAUCUGCGCGACGUUUUCAAAAUUUGAUUUUGAUCUAAAUCAAUUAAAUUUCGUUCAUGUUAGCUCUGGAGCUCAUACAGUACCUAUUCGAAAUUUGAUCGUUACUUUCGAGAAACAUUCAGAUCUACAUCCAACUUCUGAUUCAACUUUUGAUAGACUUUCAACUUCGUCUGCAGCGCCCGUGUUGACUACUACGAAAGAUACCACGGAUGAGUCUGUAGUAGUAGUCAACAUUCAUGAUACUCUGGAUACCAAAUCACCUAGUUUUUUUAGCCAAGUGGCAGAUACAGUCGGUGCAGUGAAAGAUAAAUUUAUAGGUUUGUUUCCUGGUGGUGCUCCAACAGUGUUAACACCAUGUUCUGAUGGCGUAAAUUGCCUUAUGCAAUAUUCUGACCGUGCAGCAAUGCAUAAUUCAACAUAUUCACAUCCGUGUCGCUUUUCUGAGCUUUGUCGAGAUCAUGAGCCUCAUUUAACACAUGAACCUCAUAAAGUGCCUCGAUGUGAUUCAGAUAGAAACUGUAAAGAUCUAUGCAAUCCAAUUCAUCGAGCUGAAUAUCGUCACACGGGUCUGCCAGACUUUCUUAUUCCUUGUCGUAAUCAAGAAAAAUGUCACCAUCUAACAGAUCAGCAUCGUAUUAGAUAUUCACAUGGCGAACAUAUUGUGAAACCGAUAAAUAAAACACAUGGAAAAGGUUCAUCAUCAUCAUCGUAA